UAUUAUUAUUAAUUAAUAGUAAUAAUUAUUCUUAACCAUUUCACUCAGUACACAGUUCACAAAACCUCACUUCAAUUUUCUCCCUCUUUCUCACUUCACCUUCUUCCAUUACAUCCGAGUUUUUCCAAUCUUCAGCAAUUAAGCACUUCCACAAGAAAAUGAUGGUUUUGAAAUGAAGUAUGGAAAGAGAAAUUAAAGGUUAUUUGAGGUGAAAAAAGAGUUGGAUUUGUAAGAAAAAGGGAUAAUUUCAGCUAGUGAAGGUUGAUUUUGUGUGAAUUGUAUAAUGGAAGAAGGGUUAGGUCAACAUUCAGUUCCUCCCCCGGGUUCCAUUGACAAGUAUAAGAUUCUGGAUAUUAAGCCUAUAAGAAGUUUGAUACCUGUUUUUUCAAAGAAUCCUCAAGGUCAAUCUUCAGGUCAAUAUCCUUCUGGGUUUUCUCCAUUUUUCCCAUUUGGUGGACCUCAUGAUUCUUCAACUACUGGGGCAAAGCCAAGGAGGACAGCGAUGCCGACUCCACUUCAAGCAUUUAGGAGCCCUUUUGGAGAGGAAGAGGAUCUCAAUGACAAUGAUGAUUUUAGUAACAAAAGGAGUGCAGCAUCACAGUCAACCCGGGUCAAAUUGAAGAAGCAUAAGGUAUAUAAUGAUGUUCAUGUUGAUUUGAGUGGUUUAGUUGGUAUAAGCCCAGGUCAAAGAGACAAUGGUAACCGUGAAGUUGUUAAUACUGUGCUCAUGACAUUUGAUGCGCUAAGAAGAAGGCUGUCUCAACUUGUAGAUGCCAAGGAAUUGAACACGGGUUUGAUCAAACGUACGGAUUUAAAAGCUGGCAAUAUUUGUAUGACCAAAGGAAUUCGAACAAACCAACCAAAGAGGGUAGGAUCGGUACCUGGAGUUGAGAUUGGGGACAUUUUCUUUUUCCGAAUGGAAAUGUGUGUUGUUGGUUUGCAUGCUCAAUCCAUGGGGGGGAUUGAUGCCUUGCAUAUCCAGGGUGACCGCGGGGAAGAGACUUUGGCUGUUAGCAUUGUUUCGUCAGGAGAAUACGACGAUGAAGCUGAUGAUGGUGAUGUUAUAAUUUAUACCGGUCAGGGUGGGAAUUUCAACAAGAAAGAUAAGCAUGUGUCAGAUCAGAAGCUUCAUAAGGGUAAUCUUGCUUUGGAUAGAAGUUCACGAACACACAAUGAAAUAAGAGUUAUCCGAGGCAUCAAAGAUGCUGUGAAUCCAGGUGCAAAAACCUAUGUCUAUGAUGGUUUGUAUAAAAUUCAAGAUUCAUGGGUUGAAAAAGCAAAAGGAGGUGGUGGCUUGUUUAAGUAUAAGUUGAUAAGAGUGCCUGGACAACCUAGUGCCUUUGCCGUUUGGAAAUCUGUUCAGAAGUGGAAAGCUGGUUUCCCUGCAAGGACCGGACUUAUUCUUGCCGACCUCUCCUCGGGAGCCGAGAGUCUUCCUGUAUCACUUGUCAAUGAAGUCGAUAACGUGAAGUCACCUGCCUUUUUCACAUAUUUCCACUCACUAAGACAUCCGAAAUCAUUCAGUUUAAUGCAGCCUUCACAUAGUUGCAGCUGUAGUGGUAAAAAAGCAUGUGUCCCCGGUGAUUUGGACUGCUCAUGCAUUCGGAGAAACGAAGGUGAUUUUCCGUAUAUUAUCAAUGGAGUUUUGGCGAAUCGGAAGCCGUUGGUUCAUGAAUGUGGCCCCACAUGUCAGUGUUUUCCUAACUGCAAAAAUCGAGUAUCUCAAACCGGUUUGAAGCACCAAAUGGAAGUGUUCAAAACAAAGGAUAAAGGUUGGGGUCUUCGGUCAUGGGAUCCUAUUCGUGCUGGUGCUUUUAUUUGCGAGUAUGCAGGAGAAGUUAUCGAUAAAGCUAGGUUAAGUCAGCUUGUACAAGAAGGAGAUACUGAUGAGUAUGUUUUCGAUACAACCCGUAUUUAUGAAUCUUUCAAGUGGAAUUAUGAGCCUAAGUUAUUAGAAGAAGCGAUCACAAAUGAGUCUAGUGAGGAUUAUGCUUUGCCACACCCUCUUAUUAUAAACGCCAAGAAUGUUGGCAAUGUGGCUAGAUUCAUGAAUCAUAGUUGCUCUCCAAAUGUUUUCUGGCAGCCUGUCUUAUAUGAAGAGAACAACCAAUCCUUUCUCCAUGUUGCAUUUUUUGCAUUGAGACAUAUCCCACCAAUGCACGAGUUAACAUAUGAUUAUGGUUCUGACCGUUCCGAUCACACUGAGGGUAGCAGUGCACGCAAAGGUAGAAAGAAAUGCUUAUGUGGAUCAUCAAACUGCCGCGGUUCUUUUACUUGACAUUUUGUCAGUUUCCACAAAUGCAUUCAUGGCUUAAAAGAUGGAUGGUAGCGUUCUGUUUGAAGAUCCAGAUCCAGUUUAGAAGUUUCUUUAGUUGAUAUAAGCUUCCAAAUAUCCAUGCCAAGGGUAGGUAGGUUUGUGUUUGACCAUAAAUAAAUCAUGUGUGACCUGGCCCUUAUUUUUGCUCCAACUUUAUCAUAAGUAAUCAGUGAGGCUGUGUAAUUUGUGUAAAUUUUGAGCUGGUAAUGGCCAUGAUAUACUCACAGAAAGUGCAUAACUAGUGAUAUCUGACUUUGUCCUCUUGGCAUGGAUUUGUUGAGCAGUAAUUGUUGUUGCAUGUAGUAUCCUUUGUAUUAUUAGUUUUUUUACAUUUGGGAUUGUAGGUGUCACGUUAUGAAACCCUGGCAUAAAUCACAUUUUAUGCUAAUUGCAUUGGUUUAAACUCGUCUUUGAUUGUUGUUUUGCUUCA